ACAACAUCAGCUGUUGUGGCCAAGAUGGCUCAAGUCCUGUCAGAUCUGGAGGUUCCCCUGGACGCUGACCAGACAGGGGAAGAAGGGAAAGGGGGUUUCAGGCGUUGUAGAGGAAGGCCCAGGCUCACAGACUCGGACCGAGCACAGAGGCGUCUGGAAUCUCGAAAGAAGUACGACGUUAGGAGGGUUUACCUAGGAGAAUCGCACAAGCUGUGGAGUGAGCUCCGCAGACGGACCAGUCUGAGUGAUGCUGGAUUGGCAGAGUACCUGAUCCUGCUUAACUCCACCUAUGGAGACAAGUACCAGCAGAAGUACUGCGGAAAGAAGAUUUCUCCAGACAUCCCAGCAAGUCACAAAAAAGGUAGGAAGGACCAUGUGUCCAGCCUACACACUCUGGUGUGUUGGUACCAGGAGCAUUCUUGUUCCUGCCCACAUGAGCCUCAGCUCAAAGCCCUGGAGCCCCAGCCCAACUUCUCCACUGCCGCUAUAUGGCAGUGUGACUCUAAUCACUCAUUUGUGCAGUACCUUUACUCACCACAGAGGGAGGCCAGUGACUCUGAGCAUGAGGAGGGGAUGAGUGGAGAGGGUGAUGGAGAGACUCUAGUGGCAAAUACAGCUGUAGCUAAAGGUCCAGCGGGCAGGACGAGACGGAGAAAUGCUCACAAACAGAUCAAAGAUUUGGAAGAAAAUGUGGAUGUUUCUGGUGUUCAACGUACAGCUGUGAGCCCAGAUGAGCAAGCCACAGCUCUUAACCAUGAGCCAAGAACAGAGACUUCUUCCAGGGACUCUGCACUGACUGGACAACCCAUCUGGGACAUGGGCAUGGUCACUGAGCGACGGCAGGAAUCCCCUGGACCAGCAUUUCAGCCCCUCACAUCAGAGGAUGACUGUGAGGAUCUGAGACAAAGCAGAGAAGGAGAAGGAGAGAGGUGCAUAGAGGAAGAAAUCAGGACAGUAUCACACGGGUAUGAGUGUGUUACGGUAACAGCAUCAUUAUCUGGUAAACUGGGAAAGACAGAUGAGGAUUCGAUGCUGUCACAGGAUCUGAGUAGCUCAGUGCCACCUCCCAUGCAAGUUCAAAACCAGAGUGAACUGUUUGACCCUCAGACUCUGCAGACGGUGAUCACCAGCUGUGAGCUUCCUGACCAGAGGACUGCGUUGGAAGGCUCUCAGUUAAUUAUCAUCACUGGCCCCAGCUAUGAGGCUCUAGCAUCAGAGGGCAUCCAACUCAACAUGGGCGGAGCCAGUGUGGAGGAGGUCACCUGCACCGUCAUCGGGGGAGUCACCUACAACCAGGUGUGCACCUCUGACACAAAAAUUAGAUCAGCAGAAGAUGAAGACCCUGUGACAGAUUUAAGUGACAAACAGUUGCUGCAGCCCAGUGUAGAUUCUCCGGAGCAUAGUGACGACAGGGAGCUGCAGAGGAGCCUGAGCAGUGUCAGGUCAAAGAGAAACAGGCGAGGUCCUGUCAUUGAGGCUGAUGGGAUGCUCAAGAUGUUCCACUGUCCAUACGAGGGCUGCAGUCAAGUCUAUGUGGCUAUCAGCAGCUUUCAGAAUCAUGUCAACCUAGUCCACAGGAAAGGCAGGACCAAGGUCUGUCCCCAUCCAGGCUGUGGAAAAAAGUUCUACCUGUCAAACCACCUCCAUCGACAUAUGAUCAUCCAUUCAGGGGUCAGAGACUUCAUCUGUGAGACGUGUGGGAAGUCCUUUAAGCGUAAGAAUCACCUGGAAGUCCACAGGCGGACACACACAGGAGAAACUCCACUCCAAUGUGAAAUUUGUGGGUACCAGUGUCGCCAGCGUGCGUCCCUGAACUGGCACAUGAAGAAGCACACCUCGGAGGCCCACUACAACUUCACCUGCGAGUUAUGCGACAAGAGGUUUGAGAAACUGGACAGCGUCAAAUUCCAUAAGUUAAAGAGCCACCCAGACAAACAGGCAACCUGACGCGUGGAGACGCUGCUGUGAUGACAGCAAAGUUUACUCAUACAGAUGUUGGCCCACAGACAGGACCCGAGGAAGAAUUCCAGUGAGGACAAAGACUUGGUUCUUACCUUUCACCUGUGAAUCAGAGUGGGCAAAUCAAACAACUGUGCCGGACACGGUCUGUUUCAGAGUACAGAGCCAGAACAGGGAGGGAUCUGCAGCGUCACAAUGUCUAAUUAAAACUUAACUACAAAAUACAAAAUCUGUAUGUUUAGAGCACUGGUUCAAACAACAACAAAAAAAUCACCUACCUCUGAUUUUACACGGGGUAGAGUUUUAAUUGUACUUUAUAUGACUCUUUACAAAACGUUGCUGCUGAAUAUAUCCAAAGUAUGUUCUACUCUUUGUUCACCAUCAUUGUGAACCAUGACUUACAGGGAAAAAGGAGGAUCUAAUUACACAGAUCAAAUAUUAUAUUCAUUGUUUUCAUUGGUAUAUAAUCACCUGAACAAAUGAAUUGUUGAGGUUUAGUUUCCUGUAAAUGAGCCAUUUAAAAUGAUAUACUAAUGAUCAUACUAAAAUCUUCAUUGCUUUAUUGUAUAAAAAUCUAUUAGUUUGUGCAAUUAUUAUUCUGUCUCAAUUGACAUGUUUCCCUUGUUUUUACUGCUGUCUAGCAGCGGGGACGUCAAGGUGCACAUGAGAAUGUGUAUUAUACCUGAUCCAGGACUGAACUCACUAGACUAGAUCACUAAAGCCACGUUAGUUAAUGGUCAUUUCAUUUCAUUCUGGAUCAAUGUGAAGUUCACAGGAUUUUUUUUUGUUUUUUGUUUUUUUUUGGGGGGGGGGGUAGUUAAAUAUCACAGGCAAAAAAGCAUAGUCUUGCUUUGCUCUAUCAGUAGGCUAGUAGGCUUAACCUGUUACGCCUCGGUUAUUCGCCUCCUGCUGUAUGUGCUCACAUAGCAUGUUUUAGGGCACUGUAAUGCAGUGAAACCAUUAAUUACCACAUGUAAAUACUGUUACCCAGCAGCCACUUGUGAGCCCUCUUAAGGUGUAGGCUGAUAAAAAAGCAGAUAGCAAUGAACCCCCGCCUCCAGCUCAAAUGAAAUUUCUCUGUCCCUGGUGCAUUGUCACCUACUCUAUCUGAAAGUAAAUCAAUGUUAUUAUCCCUGUUACUAAAAAGCUCAGAACAGACAAAACAAACACUGACUGUAACUAUGGAUUUUCAAAUUUUUUGUAGCUGUAGUAAGUCAGGGUUAUGGCAGUAAUAUACAGCUUCACCACUAUCCAUCCAUCCAUUGUCUUCCGCUUAUGCGGGGCCGGGUUGCGGAGGCAACAGUCAGCGUUCCGUGACUGGGACGGAAACCGCAUUGUUCCUCCUGCAUCUGAGGUUCGACUACUGGUCGAAUCCUCUUCUCCAGUACCCUGGAUUAGACUUUCUCUGGGAGGCUGAGGGGUGUGAUCCCACUGUAGUUGGAGCACACCCUCCGGUCCCUGACCACCACGCAAUGUUACAGAGAUGUGUCAACCAAGACAGUCCCCGCACAUCCACUAGAUGUCACUAAAUAUUACACUUUUACAUUGAGAAACUGAACACUUUUAAAGAAAAUGAGUAGUAAAUGUAGUGAGUAAAAUGAAGUAGUAAAAGUCUUUCUAAAGUGGCCCAAAACAAAUAUGGUUCAUCUUUGUACGUGUUCAUGUUGCCUUGUUUGUAUUGAAUUGCAAAAAAAAACCUUUUUGAUUGCUCCAGUUGAAACAGAAAACCAAAUGACUGGAUGGGUGUGGCUUAAACAGACAGACAUCUGUAUAAAAGCUUGUUGAACAUAAACACAACAUAAAGACUUGUGAUAUAAGUGAGAUUGGGUUAGUUAUCCUAAUGUUUGCUCUUCCUUUUCAGUCUUUUAUACUGAACGUUUGGUGUGUGGGCCAGGACUGAAAUCUUGAUCCUUCUUUUUCUGUUUAUCUGUAUUCGCCAUGCCUGUGUACUGACUCACAGACAUCAAUGAUAAACCUGUUUACAUGUGACAGUUCUCAGGAAAAUUCUCCUCAGUCCCUGUGUGGUCAUUCCCUUAUGUUCUGUUUUUAGUUCCUAAGCAAAUGCACUUUGUUCGCUGAUGAAUCAGUAAAAUCUAUUAAUAUGA